GAUGAGGCUUAAAAACAAGCUCCCGGCACUGCGCUACAUCCAGCACGGUGAGCGCACUCAGACUGCAACGACCGAUCGAUCAUGAAGCCGUGCAUCGUUCAACUAUCACUACUGCUGCUGCUGCUACUGACCAGUGCGGUUUUGUGUGAUGUCCCUCCGUGUGGUACCGAUAGAACUGCCGUUCCCAAGAACAUCGAAACGUUCGAGUGCUUAAACCAGACGGAACUGCAACACCAAAGGCUACUCGCCAGUUCGCUACGGUUUGACGCAAAGUCUGGCACGCGUUUCUUUCUCUGGACGGUGUCGCCGUCCGGCAACGGAACCACGCAUCGCGAAGAGUUAAAGUUAAACGAUCUGGCCGCGUUGCGGAACUCCAGCUUUAAUCCUCGCAAUCCAACGCGCAUUCUCAUCCACGGUUGGCUCAACGACUGGACGUCGGACGCGGUCCGUGGGCUUGCCGGUGCGUAUCUGGCGAAAGGUGCGCACAAUGUUAUCGGCAUCGACUGGUCAGCUGGUGCCGGUACGAUAGUGUAUCUUGCAGCGCGGUUACGUGUGGGAGCGGUUGCUGGUGUGAUUGCGGCCCAGAUAGCACUACUGCUUCAGGCCGGCCAACAUCCGGCCCAGAUUGUGCUCGUCGGCCACAGCCUGGGAGCGCACAUUGCCGGUCUGACGGGGAAACAGUUUCAAGCCGUGCCCAAACUGGCCGCCAUCAUAGCGCUCGACCCAGCGGGACCACUGUUUGCGGGCGAUCAGCCCUCAGAGCGUGUGGAUGCGCUGGACGCCGAGUACGUGGAGGUAAUACACACCAACAAGGGGGUGCUCGGCCAUCGGGAUGCACUGGGGCAGGCCGAUUUCUAUCCCAACGGUGGCCAAUCGCAGCCCGGCUGUCUGACGAACACCUGCAGCCACAAUCGAGCGGUCGAGUACUUCCGGCGAACGCUCACGGUGAGUAGGGUGCCGCUGUACGUGGGGCACCGCUGCGAGACGGGUAGCGUUAAUGACGGUUGUGACGGUGUGCGGGCGGUCAUGGGCGGUGAUCUGAACGAUAUCUACAAAGCGAAGAUGAGCGGGUUGUUUUAUCUCGCGAUCGGUAAAUAAAUGGCGUGCGAUAAUUACGUGACGCGAGGUAGACAUGUCAUAAUACUAGAUUACAAUUUCGCUUUAUGUGCGGAAAUUUACAUUAAUCUUCUUACGAACUAGUAAACAAAAACUGUGCUCUAUUGCUGUAAAA